AUGCCAGAUGAAAAUACUAAAUUAUUAUCAAUUAACAGAUCUUCAACUCCACCCACACCGAAUAUUCGAUUUGAUAAAUCUUUAUCCCGACCUUCUUCAUCUAGAUCAAUCAAUAGACCUCCUUUAUUAUCAGUUGGAUCCUCACACUCUUUGAAAAGUUUUAAAAGUUCAACAAGUCUAAAUGAACCAUUAAUUGAAGAUUAUAUAAACAAGUAUAAAAAGAACAGCGAUAAAGAUGGAAAUGAAGAUUCAUUAUCAAUUCUUGAUUUUGAAUUGUUCAAUAAAUUGAAUAACAAUGGUUCUGAGAUUGAUAUAUUUGCAUAUUUGAGCUAUUAUAUACCCAUCUUAAAUUGGUUACCGAAAUAUAAUUUCAAACAAAGUUUAAUUGGUGAUUUAUUAGCUGGUAUUUCAUUAGCUUCAUUUCAAAUUCCCCUAGUUAUGUCGAUUGCAAUUAGUUUAGCUCAUUUACCUCCAAUUAGUGGACUAUAUGCUAUGAUUAUUAGUUCAUUAAUUUAUGCAAUUUUCGGAACUGUACCUAUUUUAAUUGUUGGUCCAUCACCUUCAACAGCUGUUAUUUAUGGACAAUUAAUUGAAAUAAUUCAACAUGAUUCAAAAUUUUUAGAUUUUUCAAUAAUUGAAAUUAGUUCGUGUUUAACAUUUGGUCUAAGUGGUAUUUUACUAGGUUGUGGUAUUUUUAGAUUAGGUUAUUUGGAUAAUGUAUUAAGUAGAGCUUUAUUAAAAGGUUUCAUAGCUGCAAUGGGUUUAAUUAUGAUUAUAAAUCAAUUUAGUACUGAACUAGGAUUAGAUAAGUUGGCAAUUGGUCAACCACAUAUAACAACAAUUGAUAAACUUGUUUUCAUUUUCAAGAAUUAUCAUCAUACUCAUGGUUUGACUUUCUUAAUAUCUGCUAUUAGUUUAACUUUAGUCAUGUCAAUUAGAGUUUUGAAAUCAAAAUUAGUUAAAACUCAUAAAUCGGCAGUUUAUUUUCCUGAAUUAUUAUUAAUGAUUGUUAUUGCUACUUUUCUUUGCUAUCAUUUCUAUUGGUUUAAAAAAGGUGUUGAAAUUAUUGGUAAUAUUAAAAAAGGUGAUACUAAAUUUUCAAUUCAAAAUCCAUUUCAAACUUCAAAACUCAAAAUUUAUAAAAAUACAUUUACAACAUUCUUUUUAUGUACCAUCUUAGGAUAUUUUGAUUCAAUCACUGCAGUUAAAGCAUUAGGUGCAAAAUAUAACUACAAUGUUUCAUCAAAUAGAGAAUUGAUUGCAUUGGGAGUUAUAAAUUUCUUCAAUUCAUUGUUUAUGGGAUUACCUUCAUUUGGAGCAUUAGGUAGAAGUAAGUUAAAUAUAUCAUCAGGUGCAACAUCUCCAAUGAGUGGAAUUUUCAUGAGUAUAACAAGUAUAAUAACUGUAUUAUAUUUACUUCCUUAUUUUUAUUAUCUUCCACAAUGUGUAUUGGCAUUAACUACAACAAUCAUUGGACUUACAGUAUUAGCUGAAAUUCCAUCUGAUUUAAUAUUUUAUUUUAAUAUUCAAGGAUAUCAUGAAAUUAUUACAUUUUUAUUAAUUUUUAGUUUAACAAUUUUUUGGUCAGCUGAAGCUGGUGUUACAUUUGGAAUUAUAUUAUCAAUUAUUAAACUUAUUAAAAAUAGUUCAAUUUCAAAUAUUCAAAUACUUGGUAGAGUUCCUAAAACAUUUGCAUUUAGAGAUAUUGAUACAUUAAUAGAAGAAAGCUUUCAACAUUUUGAUUCAAAUCAUACUUUUAAUUCAUUAAUUGCUGAAAUUGAAGAAAUUGAAGGUGUUAUAAUUAUAAAAAUUCCAGAACCAUUAAAUUUUUCAAAUAUAAACAAUUUAAAAGAUAAAUUAUCUAGAAUUGAAAGAUAUGGUACAUUAUUAGUUCAUCCAUCACAACCUUCAAUUAAGGAAAUAAAUUCAAUAAAAUUCAUUAUAUUUGAUUGCAAAGGAUUAAUUAAAAUUGAUGUAAGUGCAUUACAAAUAUUAAAUGAAAUUAUAAAAAGAUAUAUAGAUGAAGGUAUAUUAAUUUUAUUUUCAAGAGUUUCAACAAAUGAAAAAUUUAGAGAUAAAUUGAAAAAGUCGGGAAUUUUAAAAAUGAUAAAUGAUCAAGAUAUAGCCCAUAAUGGGUUGAAUACUGCUUCUGGUCUAGGUAAUGGAUUUUAUUUAAGUAUUGAUGAUGCUUUAAAAUCUAUAGAUUACAAUGUAUAA